AUGACACGCGCUCAAAAUGGAUGUCGGGGCGGUGGUCGUGGAACCAAGAAAACACUCCUCAUUGACGCGGUCAUUGGCAAGGUAGUUAAACGCAACCGUCAGAACCUCUCCGCCGCCUGGAUAGACUAUAAAAAGGCAUUCGACUCGGUGCCUCAUACAUGGCUUAAGAGGGUCCUCGAGCUGUAUAAGGUCAAUUGUACAGUUCGAGACUUCCUCGGGCAGUGUAUGGGGCAAUGGAGUACGAUGCUUUGUCAACUAGGCGAGCGGAUGACGGCUGCGGAGAACCACAUAAGGAUAAGAAGGGAUAUCUUCCAGGGCCAUUGUUUGAGUCCAGUCUGGUUCUGCCUCUCUCUGAACCCUCUCAGUACCUUACUGGAGGGCUCCGGAAGGGAAUUUCAGCUUCGGAAAGGAGGUACAAAAGUGACCCACCUUUUCUAUAUGGAUGAUCUCAAGUUAUUCGCCUCCAGUCGCUCUCAUCUUAUGGAAUUGCUAAACAUCACUUGUGAUUUUAGCAAUUCUAUUAGAAUGGAGCUGGGGACGGAUAAGUGUCCGGUCCUCCAUGUUGAAAGGGGAAGGGUUGCUAACUCUGAGUGCAUAGACUUAUCUAUGCCCAUCAACAUAAGGACCCUUUCCGAGAAUGAAACAUACCGAUACCUGGGUAUGUCACAGAACAUCGGUGUAGAUGAGACGGGUAUGAAACAGUCAGUUUACGAUGUGUUUUAUGCACGCUUAACCAAAGUGCUUAACAGCCUUUUGUCCGGUGUGAAUAAGACGCACGCAUAUAACGGUUGGAUCAUGCCUGUUCUCAUGUAUACCUUUGGCAUACUAAUGUGGACUCAGACCGAACUGAACGCUCUGGACAGAAAAGUCCGCACUAUUAUGACGUCCCACAGGAUGCAUCAUCCGAGAUCGUCAGUAGGCUGUACUUGCCGCGGAAGAAUAGUGGACGCGGCUUUUUAA